GUGCAGUAGCACUGGCAGCAGUCCCUGUUGCAACUGAGCCAUGGGGGAUUAGAAGCUUCACGGAGCCUGGAGCUGCACAUGCAGCUGUUCUGCCAGGGCGAGUAGGGCAGGGGCCUCUGUUGGCUGCUGUGAGCGACGAUGACGAGGACACCAUCGUGUCUCUGUUUGAGAACGCAACGGCGUCAGUAGUGUCUAUUAUGAAUGUGGAAGUGAAUGGAAGCGGCAAGGGAAAGGGAGGAGCUGGAGAGGAAGUCAUGGAAGGAAUUGGCUCCGGUUUUGUCUGGGAUGAAUACGGUCAUAUUGUCACCAACUACCAUGUGGUUGCCAAGCUGGCGACUGACACUUCUGGGCGGCAAGCCUGCAGGGUGUCUCUUCUCGCCCCAACAGGCGCCAUGCAGACGUACGCUGCUACUCUUGUCGGCACCGACCCCUCCAGAGAUCUUGCUGUACUCAAGGUAGACCUAUCUCAGCCUGUGCCUGAAGCAGCGGAUACAGGUGCAGCAGCAGACGGUGCAGUGGCGGUAGCAGCACCAGCAGCACCGACCCUGUACCCCAUUCCUGUGGGCUCUUCGUCGGACCUGAGGGUUGGCCAGAGCUGCUUCGCCAUCGGCAAUCCCUAUGGCCUGCAGCACACACUCACUGCUGGGGUCAUCAGUGGGCUAGGCAGGGAGAUUCCGGCACCAACGGGUGCUGCGAUCAGGGGAGCGAUUCAGACUGACGCUGCAAUCAACGCAGGUAACUCCGGUGGUCCUCUGCUCGACUCCUUUGGACGGAUCAUCGGAGUAAACACUGCAACUUUCACCCGAUCAGGUUCUGGCUCGUCAUCCGGGGUCAACUUUGCCAUCCCAGUUGACACGACUUUUAUCAUGGCUGCCUUUGCGAGCUCUCUCGCGCUCUCCGCCUCCGCGGCUCCCCGCGCUGCCGUCCGCUGCUCCGCUGCGGAACCCGCUCCGUCCAGCCAGGCCGCUCCCGCUCAGGUCCGCGUAGCGUCGUCGGGCCUUCCGUCCUUCGCGAGGGUGUCGGCGGAGAAUGCUGCGACGGCGAUUGACCCGUCUGCGACGUUCGCGAACGUGAUGUGGGCGAAGACGUACAACACGCAGAUUCUGGUGGGCGAGAGCGAGAGCACGGAGUCGGUCGUGCGACGGUUUAAGAAGAUUUGCAUGGAGGCGAACAUCGUGAACGAGUGUCGCAGGCGACGCUUCUUCGAGACGCAGCAGGACAUCGUCAAGCGCAAGCAGAAGGACGCCGCCAGGCAACGCAAGCGAUUCUCGCGUGCCUCCUCAGGCCCUCGCCCUUUCUUCACGCGUGACCCUGCGGCGGCCAGCAAGGCAGCAGCCACCUCCAACGACGAUGAUGAUGACUUCUGGGAUGCCAAGCCCGCGCAUACUGCUAAGCCGGCCGUGCCGUCAGCAGCCGGACCGAGCGUCCGCUUGCCAUCUCGUGCGUCGUCGUCGAAGCCUCCGCCUCGUUACAAGCAGGCCGUGCUCCGUUGGGCCGAUCCUACAGAUCCUGGACGUCCUCUCGCUGAUGCCGACCCAAGCCUUCAAGCGGCAUGCCGCGACGAACAAGCACCAGUUGGCCAUCAAUCACCAGAAGCAGAUGCUAGCUCAGGCUGGGAUGCGCGGCUGUCGGACCUCAUGUGCAUGGCAUUGCUGCCGUACGAGCCCGACUGGGCGGAGGUGGUGAAGAUCUGGAGGGCGUACAAGAAGCGCAAGCCCAUCACAACAGUGGCAGCACCAAAGAAGCAACCUAGUGCUAAGGGGAAAGAGAAGGUGGACGAGGAUGAUGCUGGUGGUGCUGGCUCUGGGUGGGGGACAGAGACCCCCGUGCACAGGCACGGUUCUAUGAGCGAUGGUGGUGGUAGUGACGAAGAUGAAGACAUGUGUGUGAUGUGA